UUCCAUUACAAAGCUUAUAAAAAAUAGCAAAAACAUCGGAAAAUCAAUAGUAAACAGUAAUCAUCUCUAUGUACUCAAAUCUCUCGUUCACUAUUAUAAAACGAGCUCUGAAACCUCCCCAAUUUUCUUGUGUCACCAUCUAAUUUAAAACCCUAGUUUUGAUUAUCUCAAAAUCAUAAAUCCUGAUUUCUAAUUAUUGUUGUAUGCAUCUCUUCAUGGCCAAUGUUGGUUCCAUUAAGAUCCGGGAAGUAUGGUCGGAAAACCUCGAUCAUGAGUUUCGAUUAAUCCGAUCUAUCAUCCGAAAAUUCUGUUUCGUUGCAAUGGACACUGAAUUUCCUGGCGUUGUUUUCCGAAAAGUUCAUGGAAAUCUCUACACUAAUCAAGUUUCAUCCGCCGUUCAUUAUUCUCUAUUGAAGCAAAAUGUUGACGCUUUGAAGAUUAUUCAAUUAGGGUUAACUUUUGUUGAUUCGAAUGGAAAUCUUCCGGAUCUUGGAGACCCUAAGUAUAGGUAUAUUUGGCAGUUUAAUUUUCGUGAUUUUGAUGUCGCCAACGAUUAUCACGCACCUGAUUCUAUCGCUUUGUUGAGGACUACGGGGAUUAAUUUUGAGUUGAAUCGGAAAAACGGAGUUGAUACAGUGAAAUUUGCGGAGUUGAUGAUGUCAUCUGGAUUAGUUUGUAAUGGUGAUGAUAUCACUUGGGUGACGUUUCAUUGCGCAUAUGAUUUUGCUUAUCUUUUCAAGGUUUUGACUCAAGUUCCAUUACCCAGUAAACUUAGUACGUUCCUUAAGUUGUUGAAAGUAUUUUUUGGGUCUAGGAUGUUUGAUGUGAAAUAUAUGAUUAAAUUUUGUGAUGGUUUGUAUGGUGGGUUGGAUCGGGUUGCUCAAUUAAUAGAAGUGGAUCGUAUGGUUGGACAGUCACAUCAAGCUGGUUCUGAUAGUUUACUUACCUGGCUGGUUUUUCAAAAGAUUACUGAAGCUUACUUCAGCGAAGAUGGGAUUGACAAAUAUAAUGGAAUGUUGUAUGGGUUAGAGACUUUUAACAUUUCUUUUUAAUUUGUGCUUAUUUUUAUUGGAACUAAUUUCAGGUUUGGUUAUUUAAAAUAUAAAAUAUUGAUAAAGUUAUUAGUUUUGGCUCUUGAUUUUUAAAUUUUUUUUUUAUAAAUCUAUGGACAAAUUCACAUGAUAAAUUAAAUAGCUAUGGCAAAAAGUUGUGCAAAAUUUGCAAUACAAGACUGGAUCUCUGUAAAUAAAAAAUAAAAUGUAAGGCUGUGCUAUAAAGAAUUACAUAAGGUUUUUCACUUAUGUUUUUAAAAUUAUACUGGUCUAGUUGUUUUUUAUGGUUAGUAUUUGUUGUCUUAAAAUGAGAGAACAUCAUUUAUGUUAGUAUAGUUAUGUGCAAAGAACACCAAGAAAUGCAUUGUUGAAGUUUGGAGCUUUGAGGAGCUUAGAGGCUUAAGAAGUAGGCCAAAAGCAUGAUGUGUAUGGACAGAGUGAACAAUGACAUGAAAAAUUAGAACUUGAAGAGCUAAUGACAAUAGAUACAUAGAAAUGGAGGAGGAGAAUUUUUGUGGAUGAAUGAUAAUCAUUCUAAUAUGCAGAACGAUAUUAAAGACGAUGGUUGAAUGAUAUAUGUUUUUUGGCAACGACAAUCGAUCAAAUCGAUUAGAUUUAGUUCAUGUAGCCGACCCUAUAUAGUUGGGAUCAAGGCUUAGGCAUUUUUAUGUGUUUUGUAAUUUUUGCCAAUCAAAAACUUCCUUGUACAUCCGAGAUCUCCUUAUGCUCUUCCUAAGAAAAGGCCAUUUUGUUGAUGACAUUCGGGCAACUAAAUGUUAUGUGUUGUCAUGCUAGAACCUAGGUGCUUCAUUUAGGUGGUGGAAUAUGGUUUUCUUUGAUCACUUAUUUUAUAUGAAUUGGAAGAUAGGAGGAAGACUGUUAUUAUGUGGUGUUUAUUAUUUGAUUAAGCUAAUGUGGUUCAAAAGCUGUUGUGCUUGGUGUUAUGCUAGAUUUCUUUCUUGUUUUGAGAGUUAAUUUUUUGAUCUUAAAUUUUGGUGUUGGCAACUCUUAGUUGUUGAAGUUUUGAGCGAUCCUAUCAAGAUUAUGUAUUUGGAGGUUCUCGUCUUUAGCAUUUCUUUUGCCUUGUUGGGAUUUUGACUGUAGUUCAUUUCUAUAAGAUGUGGGAGAUGGAGCAAAAUACUAGUUAAAGGUGUAAUUAUUUUAUUUUAUUGUGUUUUUAGUCAAAUGAAGAAUAUCUUCUGCAUAGAGUUGUCUUACUACUAUAUAUGAGCCAUAAAAACACCAAACGUUCAUUGUCAAGGAUCUAACUGAAGUGAUCUUUCAAUUUUUAGUAUUUAUAUUCUCCUUUUCUCUUUCUGAUAGAAUCAAAGAGGCAAUAAUGUUGCAUGGCUAGAGAAGUAAUAAUGUUUAUUAGUUAUUGGUCUAGUAAUUUAUGUUCUUUAUGCAACUCGAUCGGCAUUUUCCCCGUUAUAUCGUUAUCUCAAAUUGUUGUGACGAAAAAUGGAGAAUCGACUAUGUUUACAAGAAAAGUUAAGCGUGUACAAUGAGGACAUUGAAGCAAAAUCGGAAGAGGUGGGUGAGUCACCUAUUAGUAUUUCCUUGAACUCGGAUGUGGGAAUUGAUAACCCAAAAACAAUGAAACUUGAGGGCAAGGUUGGUAGAACGAAGGUGGUAGUUAUGGUUGAUCCAGGAGUAACUCAUAAUUUCAUCACUCCAAAACUUGUACGAGAGAUGGCAAUGUCGGUGACUUCUGCCGAAGAAUUUGGCGUCUCUCUAGGCAUUGCAAGGAGGUUGAAUUGGAAUUAGAGGCAAUAUGUAUGUGAAAAUUACUUACCCUUGGAAUUGGGGCAUGUUGAUAUCAUAUGAGGCAUUGAGUGGCUUCCUAAGUUGGGAACAAUUUCCAAAUAAUCGGAAAUGCAGAUCAUGCAAUUUAAUUGGAAGGGAACCAAGGUAAUAUUCUUAAGUCGAGGGAGGUGGGUUGUUGGUGGAAUUAACUAGUUUAGGAGUCCAAGAAGCCGAAGGUAUUGAAGAAAAGCUUCCAGAAGUUCCAGAGGAGCUCAGAGUAGUUAUGGAACAAUUCGUAGAGGUUUUUAAAAUGCCCCAUGGUUUGCCUCCACAGCACCAGAUUGUGCUCAAAAAUGGGGCAAACCCAAUUAUCAUUCGCCCUUACCGGUAUCCUCAAAUCCAGAAGGAAGAGACUAAAAGGAUGGUGACUGAUAUGAUGCGUGCCAGGAUCAUACAACCUACUUGUAGUCCGUUUUCAAGCGCCGUGCUACUAGUAAAAUAAAAGGAUGGGUCAUGGCGACUUUUUGUGGAUUACCGGGUGUUGAACAAAGAAAUUGUUGGUGAUAAAUAUCCUAUCCCGGUGCUCGAGGAACUGUAGGAUGAAUUACAUGGGGCUAGAAUAUUUUCUAAGUUGGAUUUGAAGUCGGGAUACCCUCAGAUACAAAUGAAGAAAGAUGAUAUUAAUUAAACUGCCUUUUGCACCCAAGAAGAUCAUUAUGAAAUUCUUGUCAUGCCUUUCGGGUUGUCAAAUGCCCUGGCUACCUUUCAGUCAUUGAUGAAUGACAUGUAUGGACCAUUCCUUUGUCAGUUCGUCCUUGUCUUCCUCAAUGAUAUUUUAAUGUAUAGCGCUCCCAUGGGUGAGCAUGUUUCGCGUUUAUCCCUUGUGUUCGAGUUGUUAGCACAACAUGGCCUUUAUGCAAGCAAAAAAUGUGACAUUGGCCGAAAUUAAGUAGUUUAUUUGGGUUGCAUUAUGUUGGGGGAAGGGGUAGCGCUUGGUCCGAAUAAAAUACGUGCUAUGCAGGUUUGGGGGAUACCAUGAAAUUUGAAGGAGAUACAUGGAUUUUUAGGGCUAAUUGGGUAUUAUCCUAGAUUUAUUCAUAAGUACACACAUUUGGCAGCUCCUUUGACUCACUAGUUCAAGAAAAAUUGUUUUGGUUGGACUAACAAAGCCACAACAGCUUUUGAAGAACUGAAGAAAAUAAUUCACACAAUCCCUGUAUUAGCUAGACUAGAUUUUCCAUACCAUUAGUGGUCGAGGCAGACGCAUCAGGCAUAGGGUUAGGCGUCGUCCUUUCACAAAAUAAGCAUCUCAUUGCCUAUUUCAGCAAGGCCCUUGGAGCUCGUGGACAAGCAAAAUCCAUUUAUGAAAAGAAACUGAUGGUGAUAGUAUUGGCAAUUCCGAAAAGACGACAUUAUUUAAUUGGAAGGCAUUUCGUCGUUUGGACAGAUCAGAGAAGCUUGAGAUUUAUUCUCGAAUGAAGGGAGGUAGGAGCUGAGUAUCAGUAGUGGGUUAGCAAGCUGAUGGGGUAUAAUUUUGAGAUCCAAUUCAGGGCGGAAAUAACUAAUAAGGCGGCUGAUGCGUUUUCUAAAAACCAUGCCAUCAAUGAGGCAUACAUUCGCUAAUAACCGAUAGCUGGGUAGAUUGGGAGUUUCUAAGGGAGGUGGAUAAUAAAGAUGCUACAUUGGGCAGAAUUAAAAAAGAAUUAACAGCACAAGGUGGAGAAAUUUCAAGGUAUACACUAUCUCGUUAUCUUUUACAGUACAAGGGACAUAUGGCUAUUCCUAGCACCUCAGUGACUGUUGACAAGUUAUUGAAUGAGUAUCAUACGACUGCUAGUGGCGGGCAGAAUGGUGAGUAUAAGACCUAUCUUCGUUUAGCCGAGGAUUGGUUUUGGGUAGGAAUGCGGAAAUCAGUCACACACUUUGUACGGGAGUGCCUUAUUUGCCAACAAUAAAGGCAUCUCAUACACCAGCAAGCCUCUUACAAUCAUUGCCCAUUCGGGAACAUGUUUGGGAGGAUCUCACCAUGGAUGUAGAAGGCUUACCCAAAUUGGGUGGGUAUGAUACUAUUUUGGUGGUGGUUGAUUGACUAUCCAAGUAUGCUCAUUUCCUUGGUCUUAAACAUCCUUUCAUGGCUCACUCAAUGGCAGCCUUUUUUGUAUGAGAGAUAAUACGUCUCCACAUACUUCCCUCAUCCAUUAUUUCAGAUUGUGACCAAAUCUUUAUGAGUGCUUUUUGGUCCGAGUUGUUUCGUCUACAAGUAAUUCUCCUCCUACGAAGUACAACUUACCAUUCACAAAUGGACGGACAAAGUGAGGUAGUCAAUCAAGCAUUAGAAACCUUUCUUCGCUGUUUUGUUGAUGGACAACCUUGACAUUGGGCUAAAUGGUUGGACUGGGUGGAAUAUUGUUACAACAUUGCACCUUAUAUGUCCAUAAGAUGUCUCCCUUCAUGGCUCUUUAUGGUCGUUCCCUUCUUUCUCUUGUGCGACUAAGCAAUAAUGUUACCCUCGUAGAUAGUCUCGAGCAAUGGCUCAAGGAACGUGAUGCAAUUUUGGAUGUUUUGUGUUUUCACUUGCUUUGAGUUCAACACCGUAUGAAGAAAUGGCUGACAAAAAGAGGAGGGAUGUUUCCUUCUAAAAUUACAACCUUACGAAAAGCAGUCACUAGCUCAUAGCUUGUGUGAUAAAUUGGCUGCAAGGUUCUAUGGCCCGUUCGAAGUAAUUGAUAAAAUCGGAACUGUUGUUACUAAAGAGUUGCAAAAUUCAUUCGGUAUUCCACAUCCCGCAACUCAAGAUAGCUAAUGGAGCUACCUUUAAUCCAACUUACAUACCAUCACAGUUGUCGCCAUCCUUGGAAUUGCUUGUUGAGCCAGCAGAAUUAUUGGGGAUUCGCAAGGAACCUGACCAGCCGCUACAUGCAUCAGAAGUACUCAUCAAAUCGAAGGGGCUUCCGGAUUCAGAGGCGACAUGGGAGCUGUACCACAACAUCUCCACUUUAUUUUCUGACUUCCACCUUGAGGACAAGGUGUCUCUCGUUGGGGCGGGUAUUGUCAUAGAAGAAAGAUGGCCCAUAUCGUUAAUUAAAUAUAUGCAUUCAAGAAAAAGGAAGGAGUAGGAUAACUAACUGCCGGUUACAUAGAAUAGUUAGUUAUAAGUGAUGAUCUGUAUUUUGUAAUAUUUCCCUGGCUAUAUAAGCAGAGGAGUAGGCGUUAGUUUGGGAUAUGCUUGUAGUAUCAUUUGGGUGCUAAACACUUGGGAGUCAUUGAGCCACUCUAAGAGCUCAAGGGAGUGUUCUACUCUCUACAAGCAAUUCUAUUUCUUAAACCUUCUUCUCUUGUCUUUCCUUCUUUUUCUAAUUGAAUAUACGACUACUGUCCCUAUUUCUCUUGUCUUUCAUUUGUGUUGUAGUACUAAUCUGCAGGCGCACCAUGACAGUCUAAUUCCCUCAACUGUAUUGUGGAUGUUCAAGAAAAUCCUAGAUUUGAGGGACAUUGGUUUACAAUGGACAGAUUGGGAUGCCACCGCGCAGUAUUUUUACAUUUGAUGCGUACUGUCACCUCCUUGGACAGUUUGAUAAAGUAGCUCGGAGAAGCCUCUUUUACAACAAUUUCAUCUUCUUGUGGUUCAAGGAAAAAUCUUCCAUGGUUGAUUGUAUGUAUCGUUGGGGAAUUCACUAUAAUCAAGUUUACGGGCUUUGCAAACAGGCCAAUAAAAGUAUUGCUCACUGUCUUCUUCUGUUCGUAUAUCCUGUGCUGCUCCUAUCUGGUUCACCUGCUGCUGGCCGUGGUGUUCUGCUGCUGCUGCUGUCUGGCAAUCCAGAUGCUUCCUAUGCAGGUGGCUGCCCAAGGACGUGGGUAGUGCUCCAGUGUGCUGUGAGGACUGCUGCUUCUCUCUUUGACAUUGUGUUUCUGGAUGCUACGUAUUGGGUGGAGUCCCCUGCUGCUCCUGACUGUUUAUUUAAGUGUUGUGGGGCUCUCCCUAUACGUUUUUGUGGAGAUCUCCAAGUUAGGCUUGGGCUAUCUUAAUCAUGCUAAUUCCAGUCGUCAUCUGCAAUUACCAAAAGACUGUCAACUUUUCUGAGUUAAUUCGUUUGUGGUUCUAGCAGCUGAGCUGCUGAGGGUACAAAUUUCGUUUGGUCAUGUUCUUCUGGUGUCAAACAAUGACACCUGACCGGGUGAUAACUUCUCUGCAUGCUUUCUUCUAUUUUCAAAAUUCAAAAAAAAAAAACAAAAAAAUUCAACUAGCCAAUUGUGUAGUCGAGUGAGCCUUUGUGUACACAAGUUAGGUUCUUAAUGAUUUACAGUUGUAGUAAGAUAAAUUAGCCUUGUAAAGGAGCGGGACUUGAGUUUUUGGUAUAGAAAAUUUGACUUGAAAGCAUAAAUUCAAACUGCUCAAACCACAAUUGUGAUAACAUUGAAUAUAUCUCCCAUUUAGUCUUCCACAAUCAACCUCAUUAUUCUUAAAAAUGGUUCUUUUUGUUGAUUAUGAUCAUCUCUUCUUUUGCUGUGAGGUCUUGAUACUCUUAGAUUGCAUUUUCAUGGAUGAUUUUGUUGGAGAAUAUUAGUUUUCUUCUAAAAGCUUGCGUAUGUUUUGGUUCAGUUGCUUAUGUACGAUGUUGCACAAAGCUUCCAAAAUGUUCAUUAAAUGAAUUUGUGAAACCUAAAUUUGCCUAACUUUUCGUAAAUCAAGUGACUCAUUUUUAUUUUUUAAAAAAUUACUUUUUUUGCUUCUUUCUCGAAGAUUCAAAUAAUCGAUAGAGCCAAAGCUACAUAGUUAUUGGAUUUCGGAUUAUAAUGGACUAUGGUAAAAUGACUUGUUAAACCAUGUGUUCUUAUUUAUGUAAAGUUGGGAAACAAUGAUGCUAUCAAGGGUCAAUUGGAAAUCUGUUUAUUUUACAAAGGCAAGGUUGGGUGCUUCUAAACCUCCUAAUUUUGCUAAGGUGAGAGUCACUUAAUGACAUUGGGGGUGAUGGAAUGCUGUUACUAAAGACUGAUUUGGGAACAUUAUUUUGAAUGUUCUAUGAGACCUCUAAUUACUUGUAUAAAUUCAUUGGGUCAUCUAAGAUUAGAUCGACCCUUUUCAUUGUUUCCAUUAAUAGUGAUGGUACUAGGCCAGAUUUGUUCAGUCUGACACAAAAUCAUCGUCCAACGCAAGCCUUUUGUUUGGAAGGUCCGAUGACCUCUUACUCCUGUUUGUGUUUGGUUGAUUUAGUGGAGCAGGAUGGGUUUAGCAUGAGUUAUGACUUAGCUUGUUAAUCUUACCAUUUUUUUGAUCAAUGUGGAAGGAGAGGCACCGGAGGGCGGAAAUUAAAUGAUAAGGGAAGAAAUAGGAACUUAAUAAGGAGCAAUGGGAAGGAAGGGUGGGGGGAGGGAUUGGACAUGUGUUAUAGCAACUAGCAAGGACAUUGAUAGGAGUUUUAUACUGAACAAAUAUCUGAAAGGAGGCCAGAAGAAGUAGGUAAAGAAUUGAUUUUGGAUUUUUAUUUUCAAUGUUGAACUUUUUUUCCCUCUUCAAGAGUGGAUGAUUUAGUGUUUCUUGCAUUUAUUUUAUCCAAUUACUCCAAAUGACUCUGACUAAACCUAUUUUAAACUAAACACAUUCAAAAAUAAUUUAUUGUGGUUUGGCAUUUGCUUAAUGCUUAAUAGAAUUGCUGCAAUUCCUAUCUAGUUUUGCUGAUUGAAUUCCAUUUUUGAAAAUGUGAUUUUUAUGCCUUUAUUCUUCCUUUUGGCUUACAUUUUGUAAGCUUCAAGCAUGGAAUACAUCCUUGAGGCAAUUCUUAAUGCAUAUUCUUAUACAUACACGUUGAUUACCUUUCAGCAUCAUCCAUGGGUAUGAGAGCUUUGGGGAAAAUAAAUAGGGAUGGAGUAUUGGUUUGAGUCUAUUGCUUUCCUUGGUUGUCUCAUGUGAGCUACAGCCUACAGGUGAAUAAAUGCAAUUUUAUUUUGUGGAUUGGGCUGCCUUUGAUUCAAUAUUGCUUGGUGGUGCUUUUGAUAUUUCUUCAUGUUUACAUAGAUGCUUGCCCAAAAGAUCAUUAUAUUGUGACUCAGAGGUACUCCUUUUAGUUUUCUUGGUUAAUUUGAUUUCUCAAUUCCUGUGGUCCUUGCUAGAUCUUAGUAUUAUUAGUUAUACAUAGCCAGACAGAUUUAUUUUGCUUCUGGUCUCUUUAUGUAUCCUUAUAUUUUCUUAUGAAUUAGUGUAUUGGUUUCUGUUUUAUUAGCUUCAAGUUGGUCUCAUGGCAAGUUUUGUGACCUUGAUUACUGUAGUAACACAUGUAGGGACCUUUUGUUUUGAUCUAAUAAUGAAGCAAGCCCACCAUUUCUAUUUUCUCUUGCCCAAACAACCAGUUUCAAGUUGGAGAUCUAGUAGUGCAGACAUGUGACUCAAUUUGUGGGCUAUGUUUAAGGACCUGUUUGUCAUUAUCAUGUUGGGUAGUUGUUUCCCUAAAUUGUGCCCACACUUAGGUUGUUUUGACACUGACAAGGAAUCUUCGCUAUAGUAUCUUUGAACAUUAUAUAAACUGAUUAUCAGCCUGGGCUCUACAGAUAUUUAACCACUCUGCGUUUUGUCAAGUCAAACUAAUAUCGUUCCCAAAUCCCGUAGGUAACAAUCUAUACUCGUGCUGCUCUGUGGCAACUUCUUUUUAGAUCGGGAAAUACGACUAGGUUAGUCUUUUUUAUAUGAGAUCAACUAACUCGUCCUUGCGGAUGAUUUUAGGGAACAGAUCAUAAUACUAGAAUGGAACUUUUCUGUCUCUUUUAUCUCCUGCUUCUAGUUAUAUUAGAAGAUAUUUACAGUGAUUUAAGGUGGUAUUGGAGCAUAUUACAUUUCAAUCAACUCAAAUGGGAUACAUUUUUCAUAUGAAACUUGCGCUCCCCACUGGCCCUGUUCCCAUUCUUUGUUGGACUUUUUCAGUUCUAUCAAUAUAUUGCCGCAAUUACGGGGAAAGAUUCCUGACCUUGCUCCAGUUGAACUGGAACAGUUUCCUAAUAUUUACGGUGUGCUUUUGAAUGCAAGUUUAGUAUUUUUACUUUGAAUUUUGUUUGGACUUUGCAAAAUGGUCCCUUAUUAUGUGUGUUGUAAAGGCAGAAUAUAUGGGCUCUACCAUCCUUUUAUAAUAUCUUGGGCAUGUCAUGUAAGCGUCUCUAUUGCAUUGGAUUGGGUGUGAAGAUGGCUGAAAGUGGAUUUAUAGCUGAUUCAACUGGCCGAGGUGACAGCUCCUUUCCUUCGCAACCUUCCAGGUUGGAGCUCUCUUACUGUGUUUCAGUGCAACCUCAUUUUUUCUAAAAAUAACCCUAGUAAAUAGUACUCCCUUUGUUUACUUGCACUAAAUAUUAAUCUAGUUUAUUUAAACUCAUGCCAUGUGUUCCUAACCUCCUCUCUAGUUGUAGUGUUCUAGUGUAGUUAUUUUUAUCUUUGAAAAGUCAGGCGAAAAUUUGUGGAAUCGAUGUAGAAGAACGCAUACAAGAAAUACAUUUAUGGACAUGAAGGGACAUCAAGAUAUGCAGUUAAGAAGGUCACCAUCCGGAGGCGAAAGGAACAGACAGUCGGUUUCAAGAGAUGGCUAGUAAUGCGAUGGACAACGACUCAUAGCGAAAAGGGGUUGUAAAUAAAUUAUCUUUUUAUAUGGUUGAUUCCACCUGUGACUUAACACAUGUUCUAAUGAUUGAAAUUGUAUAUAUGUUUUUAGUAUAUGAGUUUCCUCAUUGUAGAUGUU